UUAGGAUUCACUUAAUUAAAAAGAAGAGUUGAGGUUAUGUGUAUAUUCACAUAUUAAAAUAAUGUUUAACACAGCAAUAAGAGUUUGUUGCACUCGUUUGGUAAUAAGUAGAACCGUCAGUACACAACAAAAAAUUGUGACUACAGAUAAUGGCAGUACUUUAAUAGCAUGGCAUCCCAAAGAAGACUUUCCUUAUGAAUGUACAAGACCGUUGCCAGAAGAGAAACCCUGCGAAACUUCCACCGUAUUGAAAACAAAACUGACUCCUGAAUUACUGAGCAUAUUUAAUAAAAAGACUCCAGAACAAGCUAGACAGGAACUUAUGAAUAUAACUUUUACAACAAAGCAUAGAUGGUUCCCUAGAAGUAGAGAUAAACGAGCUAAGAAAACUCCUAUGGACCGAGAGUAUUUGUAAAUUAAGUCAUAUUUUCAGUGUAGUGAAGAUUAUUAAAUAAAGCUUUUAA